UGAUAGUUCUUAGGGGGUACAACAUCCUGAGAAGUUCCAGGGCCCCAGGAAUGUCUGCUAGCUCUUCUUCGGUCAAUCUAGAGACUUCUGACACCUCCACCCUAUGUGGGAAACUACAGAAAAUCAUCUGAAUCUGUCCCUUCCAGAGGCCCCACCAUGUGGAUGCUUCCAGGACAGAACCAAAGCUGGGUUUCUGAGUUCAUCCUGCUUGGCUUCUCCAGUGACCCCACGACCAACAGCAUCCUCUUCAUUGUGUUCCUUCUCAUCUACCUGAGCUCAGUCCUGGGCAAUGGGCUCAUCAUCCUGCUGAUCUGCAUGGACACACAUCUGCACACUCCCAUGUACUUCUUCCUCUGUAUUCUCUCUCUGUUGGAUAUGGGUUAUGUAACCACCACCAUGCCCCAGAUGUUGGUGCAUCUUCUUGCUAAAUCUCAGACCAUCUCCUUUGCUGGCUGCUGGAUGCAGAUGUAUGUGUUUGGUGCUCUGGGUAUAACUGAGUGCACCUUCUUUGUUGUCAUGGCGUAUGACAGAUAUGUGGCCAUUUGUCACCCACUUCGUUAUACUGUCAUCCUUAAGUGGGAUCUGUGCAUAUGGUUGGCAGCUGGAACUUGGAUCUGUGGUUUCCUUUUCUCUCUGUUACAUACUUUCUUCACCAUGAGUUUGCCAUACUGUGGGCCUAACAAAGUCAACCACUACUUCUGUGAAGGUCCUUCAGUGCGUAGCCUGGCUUGCAUGGAUACCUACCUCAUUGAGAUGGUAGACCUGGUCUUGAGUGUUUUUGUGGUUGUUACCCCCAUUUCCCUCAUUGUGGCCUCCUAUGUUCAUAUUGCCAAGGCAAUUCUCAAGAUCAAGUCAACCCAGGGACGCUGCAAGGCUUUCUCUACCUGUGCCUCCCACCUGACUGUGGUCACAUUCUUCUAUGGUCCAUCUACUUACAUCUACAUGAGGCCCAACUCAAGCUACUCUGCUGAGCGAGACAAGCAGAUCUCACUGUUUUACAAUGCCUUCACUGCCUUGCUCAACCCUGUGGUCUACAGUCUGAGAAACAAAGACAUCAAGAGAGCAUUUCUCAAGGUGGUGGGGCAUGGUAGGGUGGACUAGUGAACCAGGAAAUAGGAGAAGCAAAAUUAGAGUGUUCAAUUUUUAAGAAAGGGACAGUGUCUUUAUUAUAUGUAACUGAUCUAUGUGUUUGAACCAACAUAGUAAUUGGUAAGCAGGGCCAACCACUGUGAAACCAUGGUGGCUAUUUUGAUUGAUGGGAUGCACUAAGGUAUAAUUCAAAGCGCCUCAGUAAUUCUACUGGAUUAUACUUGCAGACAUUUAUUAUUAUUAAACAUAUUUUAUUCAUUCUUUGGAAA